AUGUCGUGGGCCGGCUUCAAGAAGAACGUCAACCGCGCAACGACGCAGGUGAUGAUGAAGACGGGGCAUGUGGAGAGGACGAACGACCGCGACUACGAAGUGGAGGAGAGGCGAUAUAGGACGAUGGAAUCGGCAGCGAAUCGACUGCAGAAGGAAGCGAAGGGAUAUCUCGACAGUCUGAGAGCCAUGACCGCUUCACAAAUGAGAAUAGCGGAGACAAUCGACGCAUUCUACGGGGACGCUGGUACAAGAGAUGGAGUGUCUAGAUCGUAUAAGCAGGCCGUCGAAGAUUUAGACGCCGAAACAAUCAAAGCUCUUGACGGACCGUACCGAGCUACCGUUCUCGAACCGAUCUCCCGCUUCUGCGCAUACUUCCCCGACAUCAACGAAUGCAUCAAGAAACGCAACAACAAACUCCUUGAUUAUGACUCCAUGCGAUCCAAGGUGAAGAAAUUGGUGGAAAAGCCGGACAAAGAUGUGACGAAACUUCCCCGAGCAGAACGCGAAGCUGAAAUGGCAAAACAAGCAUACGAACAGCUCAACGAGCAACUCUUUACCGAACUGCCUCAGCUCAUUGAUCUCCGUGUCCCUUACCUCGACCCAUCUUUUGAAGCUCUCGUCAAGAUCCAGCUGAGAUUUUGUGCUGAAGCUUACAGCCGAAUGGCACAGGUUCAACAGUAUCUCGAUGCAGACACCAGAGAGCAGUACGCUCGCGGCGAUCUGGACAAUCGGGUUGAGCAGGUUCUCUCCGAGAUUCGAGAUCUAACCAUUGCCGGCACGGUUUAG